UUUAAACAUUUUCCACACUACCGACCGUAAGAAAAGCGAUAUAUUGUUUCAUUAAGAUGCUGUAAACAAGAUUAAUUCGAAACUCCGAACGAAAGAAAUAUUUUAUUAUUAAAAUAGUGUUUAGAAUGUCUGUUGAAAAUUUACAUCAGAAACCUAAAGUCGAGAUCGAAUAUUGUAAAGUAUGCGACUAUGGAGGUCAUUGUUUAGCACUAGCCCAAACAAUUAAAAAUAUUAGCCCUGAAGCCACAAUUGUUUGUAAUAAAGGUCGACAAGGUUCAUUUGAAGUAGUAGUAAACGAUAAACUUAUUUAUUCCAAACUACAAACAAUGGCAUUACCAGAUUAUAUGGAAGUGGCAGAAGUAAUUCAAGAUGUGGCAAAUGGUGCUGAGCCAAGGGAGAUAAAAGGACAACAACCAGUCAACUGUGCUUUAUCAUAACAUUUAAUAAAAUAUUACACCAUUAACUUAAAAAUGUAAAGAAUUAACUACUUAAGUAUAGGUAUUUUACUAAGCCACUUUUGACAGUUGCUAAAAUGUAUGGGUUGAAAAAAUAUCAAACAACCGUAUGGUGCUGCUCUUCAGUUGGUUAAGAAUAUACAAUGGUAAUAGCUACUUAAUGGUGUUUUAGGCCUGUAAUAAACCAUCUAUGAUAAUAUUACUUAUAGAAUUCAAUUUUUUUAGUGUUCCAUACUCAAAAACCCUUAUAGGAUCACUUUAUUUAUUAUUUACUUUGUUGUAUGUCCGUCAGUCAAGAAAACCUGCAGGGUACAUCCCAUUGACCUAGAAUCAUGAAAUUUAGCAGGUGGGUAGAUCUUGUAGCACAAGUAAAGGAAAAGUAUCUGAAAACCGUGAAUUUGUGGUCACAAAAAUGUGUUUAUGAACAAAGGAGUAUUUUCAAAGUACCUAAUAUAACUGUAACAAGUGUGGUAUCAUUAUGAAAGGGCUUUACCUGUACAUUGUAAAAUAGAUUUUUAUGCAUUAUAGUUUUUGAUUUAUCUUGCCAAAUGUUAAAAAAAAUUAGUAGUUACUGACUGAAAUAAUUAUCUACAAUAGAAGUUUAUGUAUAUUUUACAGAAAAAUGAAUCAGGUUUUUUGAUAUUAACAAUAAACCUUUACAAAGUUAUUUUGCGGUCUUCAAAAAUGAUAUCACCAAACACAUGACACAGAAAUGAUGACAAAAAUGAUUCUUACCGUUUUACUUCUGUAGUACAGAACCCUCGGUGCGUGAGUCUGACUCGCACUUGGCCGGUUUUUUUAAGACAAUGUGGCUGCCAAAGCAAGUUGGAACUUUUGUGAAAUAUCAAAAGUGGCUUACCAUAUUUACCUACUCAUUUUAACAAACAAAUAAACUUGAUGUUCAAAAUAAUAUUACCCCAUUACUAAUAACAUAUUAUAUUAAUUAUUCAAUUUACAACUGCAACAGUGUAUAUGUAUGUAAUAAAUCACCAUAACAUUUAAAAAUCCAAAGAUAAAAAUAAAACCACACACCUAAUAUUUCAAGCUUGUAAAUAGAUUACAAUAUUAUAAAAUAUUGUUAAAAAUCUUAUUACACACAGACAAAAUUAUGGGAAUCAUUUAGUUAAAGAUAAUUUCAGUGGAGACUCAUGAAUACCAUAUCAGUCUUAAAUAUCAAAUGAUGCUGUAAAGUGGAAGCGAAUAAUAACAUUGUCUUAUGGUAGAAUAUGUUUUAUCAGUUAAUUAAAAUUAAUUAAAAUAAACUUUUAUCUUAAAUGGAUCUUGAGGUAACAAGAUGGGGUUUCUGGUUAUAUAUUUACUUAAAAUUUUUAAUCUCAUUAGAAUUGCCAAACCUUUUGAUUAAAUUAUGCAUUAGCAGCAUAUAUUGAAUGUAGUAAUAAACCAUUAUUAAUCAAAAUUAUCUUAGUUUUAAGAUGUCUGUAGUCUGUACACAAAAGUGGAGUUCGUAGGCCACAAAUUAUUUGUUGAUAGCUGAUGAUCUUGGUUGAAAUGCACACAUUAUUAGUCCACAUCUCUCUGCUUCAAUGUACAAUCAUCCUGAAUACUUGAUCAUAAUUAAUACCAAACAUGUAUACAGCUAGGAAAUUGUGUGAAGGCAUUCUUGACACCAUGGAGCGUAGGAGAGGCGCUCCAAUCGCGCGUCAUAAAUAUUUGAGCUAAUGGUGCAAUACAUUGAUGCCAUAUUGCUAAGUCGUACAAGAACGCGCGAUCAUUUAGUUACCUAGUUAUAAGGACUUUAGUAAAUACUAAAUAAUAAUAUGGAAACAGCCAUUAUUUAGGAACAUUUCAUAUGUACAGUUGGUUUCCGA